AUGUCUCACGGCACCCCGGUGCCGGUGCCAGUCCCAACUCCUCUCAAGACACCCCCUUCUCCUGCAGGCCUCUACCUCGGUAAGAAGCUCGGGCUCACGCCGCCCGGCUACGACGACUUCAAGGCGAUCCAGUACUGCUCCGACAUCGUCGACGCCUUCGAGGGCGGCGACGGCGCCGCCCUCAAGAAGUACCUGACCGGCGAGCGGUUCAAGGCGCAGCUGUCCAACCUCGAGCGAGCGAUCCAGGGCCCGUUCUACUUUGGCGCCGAGCCGUCCGCCGUCGACUUCUUCUUGCUGCAGCACAUGGACUGGCGGGACGGGUCGCUGUUCACACCGCUAAAGGACAGAGGCCUCGACGCGCUGGCGCCGUACCCAAAGGCGAGGGCGCCGGACCUCACCGGCCGAGAUCUGUUGGCCGAGAUACUUGUCAUUGAGAAGAAAGCACCCCCUAUGGUUCACACCUCGAGCCGUGAGCAGGUCUGCGGCGUGCAUGCCGCGCUCAAGGCGACCGACGCGUACAAGGGCUACUCCGGUGGACUGCCCUUGCCGGGCCCAAUCAAGGACGAGAUCCUCGACGCGGCGGCGGCGUAG